AUGGACAGCAUUGCGAGGACUGUGGCUGACUAUGCCCUCAUUACCAAGCACUCCAAACGAAGCAGCAAUCCGAAUUGGCAUCGAAAUAGCAGCGGCACCAGUAGUAGAACCGAUGCCUCCCCAGAGCUACCAUUUGUGGUUGGUGCUGGCCUUGGCCGCACUGGGACUCAUUCCCUACAGGCAGCGUUAGCAACUCUUGGCUACCGCAGUCGAUUCCACAUGAGCGAAAUAAUGGGUCGUUAUGUUUCUCCGGAACCUUGGUUUGAGCUUGCAAGAACUGAAAGGGACACUGGAGUAAAGAACAAGACAUUGGCCUUGCAGGCAGCACAAUCUGUGAUUGAUCAAGGAUACAGGGCCACAACUGACUAUCCUUGUUGCCUGCUCUACCCAGAGUUCCUAGAGCUCACAGAUGGCAAAGUCAUUUUAUCGGUCCGUUCCAAUGCAAGUGGUUGGAAGAAAUCCAUAUUGGAAACACUUGCAGUUCUUCCACGUCCAUUUUUC